AAAAUGAGUUCCAUAGGUGAGAAUGGAGACGACAGGCUUAGCGGGUUACCUGAAGACACUAUUUCACAUAUACUCUCUUUAAUGCCUACUAAAUAUGCGGUGCGUACUAGUAUUUUAUCCAAAAGAUGGAGGUACAGUUGGAUGUUCGUCACCAACCUUGACUUUGAUGAUAUUCACCCUUUCCAUAGUAAGAUAGUCUUGUCAAAAUUUGUGGACCGGGUAAUGGAGAAUUGCAAAUCGCCCCAACUCAGGUCGUUACGAUUACACUUUUCUAGUAAACGGGUUAAAAGGGCAAGCAUAUCAAGUUGGAUUGAUAAGGCAGUUAGGUUAAACGUUUCCGAACUUGACAUACAGGUUCUCAUUUUUAAGUUGCCUUUAAGCCUUUUCACUUGCAAGACGCUCACAAAAUUAAGAAUAGAUGAUGGCAAUCUUAAUUCCCGUGUUUGGGAGUGUCCGUGUCCGGUCAAUCUUCCUUGUCUGAAAACCCUUGACAUUGCCGUUCAUGACAAUCCUUUUGUCAAUGCAUUUGGACUCAUCCGUGGUUGCCCGAUCCUUGAAAGUCUAUCUUUGGAAGUAAGUAUUGACAAGGAGGAAGAACGAUAUUACAUAUUCAAUAAUAUCCCUACUCUGAAACGAUUGAAACUAAUAUUGGAAAGAGUAUUUUUUUCGGUUACCAAACAAGUUGUAUUAAAUCUCCCUAAUCUUGAAUACCUAUUUGUUGGUGAUUCGUUGGGCUCAGUUUUUGUCGUUGAAGAUUUGCCGUCAUUGGUUGAGGCAUCAGUUUCAUCUUAUCAUAUGUGCCUGGAGUUUCUGAAGGGAAUAAGUGGAGUUAAAUCCCUUACAAUUGACACAUUCACAUUCAUUCCGGCUUUGCCCAUCUUUCCAAAUAUCAAGCAUUUGCGGUUUACAAGUUUUUGGUAUUCUGGACGAGUUCUUCAAUUCCUUGAAAGUUGUCCCGAGUUGAAACAUUUGUGCAUUGAAGAGCUGACAGGUGAACAUUGGAUUGAACCAAACUUGGUCCCCGCUUGUAUGCUUACAACACUUACAACCAUCAAGAUUUCAAGUUGCAAAGGGCGAGAGCCUGAAAUAGAGUUUCUGGAAUACAUGUUGAGGAAUGCAAAGGUUUUGAGGGCCGUAACAAUAUCUUGGGAAAUCUAUCAAAUAGAAGAAAAGCGGUUGUGUGCAAAGGUGCUUGAACUUCCAAGAGCUUCCAGGUAUUGUGAUAUCCAUUUUAUUGGUAGCCGGUAUCAUUCUGCUAGUGGUUAUUUAGAUUUUGAGAUCCAUGUAUGAUCCAAUGACCUGUUCUGAGUCUUCUAUUUUGGGUUUGUGAACUAUCUACUUUGUGUUUCCGGUUGAUAGGGGUGCUUGGACUAUCAUUUAAUAAGCGGCUGUAAUGGAAU